GUCACGAAAAUGUCAAAUAAAUUUGGUAAUCUGUGAUUGAUGUCGUAUUCGAAUAUAAAUUUUUAUGAUUUUCCCCGAGAAAUAUUUCAUAAAACCACUCAAUCUUGGAACAAAAUUUAUUCAAAUAACCAUUAGUGUUGAUAAAAUAUAAAUGAAGCCAUGGCUUUGACACUGGACAAGCUCACCAAUGACGAGAGGUUUAGUGGUGACAAUGUACUACACUUUUUACUAUAUUUACCCUUGGGGUUAAUUUUGAUGUCCACCCGAGUAAUCCUAGGGCUUGUAUUGUGGAUUGCCGCGAUCAUUCUGCCAAAUAAAUCUGCUGUGAGGCAGAUACUGUCCACCCUUGCAUGUUGGACGUUUGGCGUGUACGUGGAAUUGAACGGCGGCAGAGAUCCGCGCUGCAGCGUGUUGGUCGCCAACUACGUGUCGUGUCUAGAUUCCCUGGCCGCCACAUACACGAUGGGAAGUAUCAGUUUAAGAAAAUGGAAGGUCCCACCAUUUUUCGCAUCAACACUUGGAAUCAAGAACACUGCUCAGUUUGUGAGAAAAGAACACUUCACAGAGAUUCCAAUUAAACCUGUGUUGCUGCAGCCAGAAGGUGGCCCCACUAAUGGCAAGGGACUGCUAAAGUUUACAGACUGGUCCAUCCCUAUUGGCAACAGAGUGCAGCCUCUUGCUAUCACGGUGGAGCGUGUGUUCACAAACGUGACAGUGCACCGCCCUAACGACAAGUCGGAUGUGUUCCCUUGGUGGGACGCGCUGUGGUUCCUGUGGACGCCGUGCUCUAUCUUCACUCUGAAGCUCCUCCCCGCCGUAGACAGGAUGGAAGACAGCGACCAGGUGUUUGCUGAGCGAGUGAGGCAGGCCCUUGCUGACGCUUUGCAGAUAGAGGUGACUGAGUACACGUGGGAGGAGCUGAACCGCGGUCCGCGCGUGCGCCGUCGCGCGGCCAUCCAGAGCGAGGUGAUGCGACGCGCCAGGCAUGUGAAGGAAGUGUUGCCCCUCGUACCUUUGAAAGACAUCGUGAAGGAACUUGAAAAAACACGCAGCGUAGACGUAACAAUAACGAACUUUCUAGAAGGCCUCGUCCCUUACACGCCAGAAGUUGAGUCGGUCGCCGAACCCCAACCCAGCACCUCCCAAGCACCCCCCAAAUAUGUGACCCCCCUACCAACAGGGACCUUCCCCAAAUCUGCCAAGGAAAGGCAGAUGAGCUUCCAAGAUAGGAAAGCGCAAAUGAUCGCAGAGGCCAGGCAGAGGUAUAUAGAGAAACACAAACUCCAAAUAGCUUGUUGAUAGGUAUUGAGAUUUUGUUUUUUUUUGAGGGUAGUCUGAUAUUUUGAAUGCUGACGUCUAUUAAACAUGCAAAACCUCUAUAAAAUUUAAAAGAUAUAGCCAUGUUAAAGGCGUUAGUCGUGACUAUUAUUCCCCUUUCAAACAAAGCAUAAAGCAAACUUCCGCCACUCUCAAAUAUGUAACGCCCUACCAAUAGGGAUCUUCCCCAAAACUGCCAAAUAAAACUCAGAUGGUCUCAGAAGUAUAUAGAGAAACACGGGAUAGCAUGUUUAUAGGUAUUGAGAUUUUGGUUUUUUGAGGGUAGUCUGAUAUUUAGAACACUGACGUUUAUUAAACAUGCAACACCUCUUUUAAUAAAAUAAAAUUUAAAAAGUGUGAGUGGUGACUAAUAUUCCACUUUCAAGCAAAGCAUAAAGCAAACCCCCCUCAAAUAUGUAACCCUUACCAAUAGCGGAAUUCCUCAAAAACUGCCAAAUAAAAAAGUUCAGAUAAUCGCAAAUGCAAGACAGGUGUAUAAAUAAACACGGACAAGAUAGCUUAUUGAUAGUUUUGUAUUGAGAUUUCUUUGAGGGUAGUCUAAUAUUGUGAGUGCUGACGUCUAUUUAACAUGCAAAAUCUUUUUUUUUUAAUAAAAUGAACCUUAGCAAUGUUAAAGAGACUUCUAGCAAAGCCCAAAAGAAAACCCUUCCCUCCAGAUAAAAACCUCUUAGAUACCAUCAUCUGCAUUUAAGGUAAGUUAAAGAAAACUUAACCCUGGUAUAGUGCCCGGCAAACAACUUGGACCUGAAGCAGUGUAUGGGAGAAAGUUGGCGAAUCCGGGAAGCGAAAGUCGACGUAUCAACCAAUCGUGUGCACCCGCGCCGACUGAUCAACCAAUCGCGUGCACCUGCCAUUCGCCAGCCAAUCGCGUUAAUGCUGAAGUUGUUUGCCGGGCACUGUAAGAGAUUUCGACCUUACUGGUCGAUUUUAUACUCAAAAAUACAAUAGAUGUCAGUGUUAUAAAACUAAUAAUGGACGUAAAGUCGACGCACACCGACCGUAGAGGUCUAAGAAAACGACAGAUGACGUCUUGACUGCGAUUAUGCAACGCUCCAUGUGUACUAACCCUAAGAUUAACUGUAGUGGUGCUCAUGGACUUGGAAUAGCUAGAUAGAUGGAUAGAUGCCGAUGUUCUUUGAAUAGUAUGAAAACCAAUCAAAAAAAAAAAAUGUGUUCACGAAAAAUUUAAUUUACUAAAUCACAUAUAGAUGGCGCAGUCAACUUACUUAGCUUGCAGUGUUCUACAUAAAAGUGUUAGUAUAUUAUGUCGUAUAACGGUACGGAACCUUUUUUGAUGUAACAUCUGUCAUGUCGAUUUUUUCGCAUAAAAUGUGCCCUAAGUCAUCUGGACCAUAACGAAAAAUCGAUUAACACCUCAUUCAUCAAAAUCGGCCAGUAGUUUACUUGGAACACACAGAACAACACACACAUACAUAGACUGCUAAAAUUAUAACCCUUCCUUUUGGCUUUGACGUAGUCGGGUAAAAGGAAUGACUAUUGACAGAGAAAUGACAGUGAAAUAGUAGCUUGGCUCAAAGGCUCAAAUUUCAGGCACGCUUGGACGGGCGGCUUGCGGUAUCUAGAUAUUCCAAGUCUCUGGUGAUGCUAGAUUUUUUUGACUGUAAAAAAUAUCCCCCUCUAGUACUAUGUAGCGAUUUACAUUGUCACAUGUCAAUACACCUGCUUAUAAACUCCAGUUUAUAUAAACACACUAGCUACUCUAUAUGGGCCAGUGUUUCACAGAUAAGUCUAAAGCUAGUGCUAUCCUUCUUCACAGGAAGCAUUUUGAAAGGGAUAGCAAUACAUUAAGACCUGUCAUUUUAGUUUAGUUUAAUAUAAUGUAAUACUGUUAUCGUUUUGGAACACCAAAUGCGUCCAUUAUUUUCUAGACAAGAUACGUCUUUUUUGUCAAUUUUUUGUCCUACGUAAAUGUAGACCAUAAAUAGAACAUACCUGCUAGAGUAAAAAUUUUUUUUUUAAAAGCUGAACCCAAUUUAAGGUUCUUUUUUAAUAAGUGUGGAAAUAACUUAAAAUAUAGAGUUUUGACUGGCACUUCUAAAUUUUUACAAUACACAUAUAAAAAGAUAUAUUUUUAUAGUUUUAAUAAAAUGCUUGACAUAGUUUCAGUUUUGAUUGCUUAUGUACAAUCAUACUGUACGAAAUAUGAUAUGGCCCCUAUUGCAUUAUCAUAGAAAUUAAUAAAUAUACCUAUUUACUUAUGGUUUUACGACCAUAUAACAUGUAUGUUAAUUGUAAUUUACUUAACUUUAUUAAAUAAUAAUUAAUUCACAACUUAAAUGUGUUCGCGCAUAAAUGCCCGCGACUUCGUCUGCGUGGGUUUAGGUUUUUUAAAAAUCCCGUGGGAACUCUUUGAUUUUCCGGGAUAAAAGUAGCCUAUGUCCUUUUCCGGGAUGUAAGCUAACUCUGUACUUUUUAUCAAAAUCGGUUAAACUGUUGGGCAGUCAAAGUUAGCAGACAGACAGACAGACACUUUCGCAUUUAAAUAUCAGUAUGGAUUUAAAGGGUGUAAUCAAUUUGAUAUUACUCAUGAUGAAUGCAUAAGAGGUCAAUACACUUUCCUAGUUUAAGUACUUUUUGAUUCGAAUCAAGCGAGUUAAAAAUUAUAGCAAGUACAUAAAAUUGUAUACUUUUGCAUUGUGUCUUGAAAUUAAGAUAGAACUUAAUAUUUAAAUAAUAUGUUUAUUUAAAUCUAUUACCUGUAUUUUGUCCUUUUAUAAUAUGUAGAUAGUUUUAUUCGCCGGUUAUUGCGUGAAAUAUUUGUAUGCAAAUACAGUAGACACGGGUAACAUUGUUAUAUUAUAGUGUUAGUAAUACGUAAACGAAGAACGUUUUUAUCUUAUUUUGAUAUUAAUUUUUGCAGGCGAUUGCUUUUUUUUAUAAUUUUUAUGCCAUUACUUCCAUUAAGCCGUCGAUUUACGAUGUUUGACACGGUUACAAUGUUACCUGUGACAGUACAACACUCCAAGAGGUUACGUGAGAAACUACAAAGUUACAAAAAUACUAAAAAAACUCGGUAUUCCUGUUGUAGAGUUGUUAAAUUGGCUAUUCCACUUGUACAGGUGCAUCCAGAUUAUGUUAUAAAACUUUUGCUGCAUAACACAUCCAUAUUGUUUAAUAUUAUUUAUAUAACAUGCGUCCUCACCACUAAAAACCUUUAAAACCAUGUUUUGUAAUAAGUUAUGUUAUAUAGUGUUGUAAUAUAACUUGUUAUAAAACCGUGUUUUGUAACAUGUUCUGCCUAUAGUCCUGUAUGGAUCGUAAAUAAAAAAGAAACAUGUAUAUUUAAAAGACUUCUUUAGUAAUAUGUAUGUGUAAAUUGGAACUACCUUUAAAUUUUGUAAUUUAGAUUAUAAUUAAAGUUUCUACAGGUAAUUGCAUCGAUUUUUUGAAAUGUUUUAUUUUUUAAUUUUUCCUGAUCCUGUUUUUUUAGGGUUGUUUUUCACUAGAGUUGGUAAAUCACAUAAGGGCGUAGGAAAAAUUGUAUAAUAAAACGUUUACUUCGCCUUCUGUACCGCACCUCAGAUGAUGCGUCAACAAUUGCAUGGAUUUAACUCGUUUUACUGUGUAGAAAUAACAAGCACUAGCAGAUAGUUGAGGAUUCUUAAGAAUACUUAGAAGUGGACUUGCCUAUAUCCGCGACGCCGCUUCGACUUGUGGUCCUGUGAGCAAUCAGUCUACAGUUGAAAUCUAUAGAUCGCACUUCGAAUUUGCUUAGACUUAAGUCUGAGCAAAGUCAAAGAGCGCUCAACAGAUCUCAGCCUAGGAUUUAACUUUUUUUUUGAUUUUUUACUUUUGUUUUUGGCAAAAGAAGUGUUAUUGUUUCUUAUUUCCCAAAUCCUAUAUAAAGAAUGAUAUGCAGUGAAAAAUCCACCCUAAACCAUGGGCAUGUAUGUUUUUGAGUCGAGAUUUUUGUUUAUUUUUGAGCGUUAGUUAAAAUAACUAUCAAAUAAUUUAUCUUAUAAUUUUAGUCCUUAGAUCUCAUCGUCUGUCUAUUCAUAUAUCAUAUUCAUCCAUCACAACACUUGUUGUUUUAGGGCAGUUUUCAAAAGAGUACAUUUUAAGUCAUUAUUUUAAGGGCUGAUCUUUCAAUCGCAAAAUCAAUUUAAGUUUUGACAGUUUUUGCAUUAGAAAAUGACAAAACUGACAAAAUGACAAUUUUAUUUGCCAGUUAAAAUUUAUUUGCCGAUU